AUGGCUUCAAAAGAAGAUACCUUCAGAUCCAGAGUGUACAAGUUCUAUUCCGACAACAUCGAGAAGGGAAAACUCCACACGGUUCGGCAUUUCCAAGCUGAAGGGGUGCCCAAAUGGACUGUAUACCGGAUCCUCACUCGUUUCCACAACAAUCUACCUGCAUCUCGUCAGCCUGGCUCCGGUGGUUCCAACAAAAAAAUGACUCCGCGCAAGCUGGCUGCCUUGAGGCGGGCGAUGGACAACAGGGACGGGAUUUCUCAGCGCCAAGCGGCCAAGAAGUUCGGGUGCCAUCAGAGUACGAUCCAGAGAAGCCUGGAGAAGCUGAAUAUCAAGGCCCGGAAGAAGCAGCGCAUUCCCCAACGAUCUGCGGCCCAGAUUUCCAACGCCAAAAAGUUGAGUGGGCGACUUUUUCGGAAGUUUGGAAAGGUCGCUUGGAUCAUCGACGAUGAGUCCUACUUCACCCUCUCCCACUCCACCAUCAGCGGUAACCAGACCUUUUACACAUCCGACAUCAACGCCACACCCCCUAGCGUUAAGUUUUCCCCGAAAACCAAGUUCGAGAAGAAGGUUCUGGUGUGGAUUGCCAUCGGACCAAAUGGCAUGUCGGAACCACUGAUCAAGGAGUCCAAAUUUGCGAUCAACGGCCAGGUCUACCUCGAGGAUUGCAUCAAGAGUCGUCUGCUACCCUACAUCAGAACCAACUACGACGACAAUUAUGUGUUUUGGCCCGACAAGGCCAGCUCUCACUACUCAAAAGUGGUGAUUGAGCACUUGGACCGCGAAGGGGUGAAUUAUGUGGCCAAGGAGGACAACCCCGCGAACCUGCCGGAAGCCCGAUCUAUCGAGGACUUCUGGGAAUUCUGA